GUCAGUUCUCACUCCUUGUCGGCUGGUGGCGGUAAUUCACCUUUAGUCGUUUGCCAACCGUAAAUAAAACCCACCUGAAGGAAGAAGACGGAAGAAAAUCUCUCGUUCGUUUUUAUUCCGUAUUUAUCUCGCCGUUUGUCCGUGUGAUCUGUCCGUGUUUUUUGUGCGUAAUCUGAUCGUAUUUGUCGGGUCUCAUGGGUCACGCGCUGCUGGGGAACGAGCCGCAGGAGGCGCUGGAUUAUUCUGUGCACGAGGCGUGGAACGAGGCGACAAACGUGUAUCUGCUGGUGAUUCUGGUGAGCUUCGGUCUGCUCAUCUACGCCAAAAAGUACGUGCAAAAAAACAACAACAAAAAAAGAAACAAAAAAACAAAACAAAAAAAACAAAACACGAGAAACGCACGAAAAAAGGGACAGAUUCCAGAUUUAGACCUGGUCAGGACCCGGUUUAUUGUGGAACAUUCUAGAAGAACACGUCAAACACAGAGGACACAGAAUAAAGACACAGUUUGGGACAUUUUCUUUUUUUUUUUUUCCUUUUCUAAAUCCUCUUUUUGUUUUGUUGUUUUUUCAGCUCGUAAAUACGAUCAGCAGCAGCAGCAGCAGCAGCAGCAGAACCAGACCGACAGCGUCCAACUCUCCAUGGAAUAAAAACAAACACACAGUUUCAAUAUUUUUAGUUUUGGUUUUUUUUUGUUGUUGUAAAUACUGGACUCUUAUUCUGAAAGAGCCGCUUUAUUUUGACGAGGAGGAAGAGUUUUAUUGUGAAAAGCCGCGUCCUCGUCGUCAGUUUUUAGUGUUUGAGUUUGUGGUGAAAAUGAAGUUGGGCGUUUGGACGGAGGAG